CAAAAACACAAGUGCAAUCUACUUUAAGUCUUCUCUAAGAUGUCUUCUAUUAAGCAAUCGCCCUCAAAGAAGUCAACAAAGCAUCAACGCUCUAACUCGGAAAAUUUCCAAAGCAUUGAGGCAGACAUGGCUUGCAACGACUACUACAAAAGGGCCUCGAUCAUCAUGGAAAGGGUUGUAGCAAUGGAGACCCUUGAAAACACCUUCAUUCCAAGAGUGUUCAAAGAACACAUGGACAAAGGUGUUGAACCUAGUGGGAAUGUCUAUGCUAAGAUCAUAAGGGAAUUCUUUGCAAAUGCCUUUGUGGAAGGGGAUCACAUAAAUUGUUGGUUGAGGGGGAGAGAAUUUUCUGUCACAAGGGAAUCUAUCCAAGAGAUAUUAGAAGUUCGUCCACCAUCUCAACAACUUUAUAUCCAAUAUGAUGAUAGAUUGGACUCUCUUGUACCCAUUGCAGAACUCCUCGGUGAUGAUCUUAAAAAGAAGGCGCUGAACACCAUUCCUUUCACCCCAAAGAUGAGAACAUUGGCCUACAUAAUGCUCCACAAUCUCUACCAGGUGAAGAACUUGACCACCUUCAAUUGA